UAAGCAUUUGGCCAAAUUGCUCUCCUGCAAGUGCAACCACCAUAUUGUUUGCAAUGGUGUUGAACAAGCAAAGAUCCUUACCUAGUCCAUUAGCCGUAUCUAUUCCUGCAACUAAUCUAUGGACUUUCGAUGUCUUCUUGAGUUGCGACCAUGAAAACAUCUUCUCAUCCCACUUAUACCACAAGUUGCAGUCUCGACGAAUUUUUACUUUCUUUGGAAGAAACACAACUACUCCUCUGGAGCUCUUUGGUGCGAUCGAAGAAUCAAGGUUUGCCAUUGUUGUUCUCUCGCAAAACUAUGCUUCUUCACCCCAGCGCCUGAAUGAACUUACAAAAAUUCUCGAGUGCAUGAAAGAUAGGAACAGGAUUCUGCCCAUCUUUCAUGAUGUGAAUCUCUCCCAUGUUCAGAAGCAAAAGGAUAGUUUUGGGAAAGCCUUUGACGAGCACUUAAAAAGGUUUCACGAUGACUUGGCAAAGGUUGAAGCUUGGAGAGAUGCUUUAACCAAAGUGUGCAACUUUGCUGGAUGGACUUCCAAUGACAGGAAUGAAGUAGAGGUUAUCGAAGAAAUUACGGAAGCACUGUGGAACAAACUACAUUUUAGACAUAGUCCAAAGGAAAAACUGCAUCCUACUCGCACAUUCUUAGAGUCCUCACACUUGGUCGCAUUAGCUAACAUUAGUUCCCCUCAGCAGAACCGUGAACAUGACAAGCCAAAGAAAAUUACGGAUGCAAGGGCUACUCCGGUGGAGUGGAUCUUUCUACUCACUAACCUUGGCCUAGAGAUUUUGUCAGCUGCUUUUGAUCAGGCUUCCUCCCCAAGUAAGCCACACUAUGCACUAUUUGGUGUGCUGUUUGCUAUUGCAGCUAUGUUUGUUUGCAUUUGGGAGCUCAUUCACAAGGGCAUUAAUGAAAAAGUAGUAUUGAAGAAGUUUGGAAAGCUAUGGUGGUAUUAUUAUCCAGACCCCCACGAAAGCACGCCUUUUGGUACUCUCCCUGACAUUUAUGGACUAAUUGGAGGAAUUUCUCAGUGCAUAUGCUCCAUAACUCAAUAUGUUUACUUCUCUUGGCAUGCUGAUAGUCCCAUAAAACUAUCCCUUUUACCUGCCAUCUUUCUUUUGUGUUUGGCCGGUUCAAGACUAAAUAGAAAUCGAAACCAUGGUCAGACUGUUGGACCUAAAUCCCUAGACAAAGACUAAUGUGAGAACAACUGAAGUGUAGAUAUGGGAAAGAAGUUACUGCUUAUCCAUGUGUUGUGGGUUUUAGUUUCUGUUUGUAGCCUAAUCAGUGUUGAGCAACAAUAGCACUUUUUCACAGCCUGCAGACAGCCUUCUGAUUAUAGAAGUAAUUUUUUCUAUUAUUAUGCUGAAAGUAUAAAUAGCUUUUGUCCUGCAGCUUGAAGUGAUGAUUUGUUUUGGUUCAUAAGGUUUUAGGUAGAAUAUAUCAGGAUUCUCUUAACUCUCAAGUAUUUGUCCUCUGUUUUAUGACAUUCAUUUCUCUGAAAUAAAAUCCAAAGAUAAAAGCGCAAAAAAUAUGGAGUU